UCGUCGCGGGACACAAUGAGGGCAUUUGAAGGCUUAAACAGAGGCGUGCCACUUGUCGUGACUUCUGCGAGAGUAGAGGAUCACGCAUAGAUUUCUGCGGUCCAUACAAUUUUGCAGAAGAACAGUCAUGCAGUGUUUACCGUGAUACUAACUGAUUAACACACACUUGAUCGGGAUAUAUUAUACCAGACCAAAGGAGAGACCAAAGGAAGAGGACUGUAUCUGUAGAAUGAGUUCGUAUUGAAGUAAAAAUUCACUUAAGCGUUCGACGGCAGCUGACACAACACGAAAAGCGUUCACGUCCACAUUUCACGUAGUGUAGAAAUAUAUAUAUCGUCGAAAAUAAUGAAAAUUAACAAGUGAUAAUUAAUUUUGUUAAUCACCGAAAAAUUUGUUCAAGAGAUGGCAAACAUGAAUAAGAAAAGGGAGUUGAUUUCUUGCCGAGAUGUUUUAUGGUUCUUGGUUUUUUGCGGCUUCGCCAUCAAUUACAUGCUGCGGUUAAAUUUGAAUCUUACCAUUGUCGCGAUGGUGAUACCACAUCCGAAACCCGCAGCAGUCACGCAGUGUAACAUGGAGAACAGUACAUCACCUUGGACCAAUCAAACAUCUGAGGAUAACAACACCUUUCCUAUUACGACGCCGUCCGUCGAAAAUGUUACGUACGAAGAUCGAUUCGCUUGGAACGAGUACGAACAGGGGUUGACGUUAGGUGCCUAUUACUGGUUGCAUUGGUUGACGCAGUUACCUGGUGGUAUCCUGGCUAGGCGAUAUGGUACGAAACGCGUGUUCGGUCUGGGAAAUCUCUUGACGGCUCUCUUAGGAUUUUUCACACCUUACGUGACGCAUCUCUACGCCUUGAUAGUUCUUCGCGUGCUACAAGGAUUGGUGGCGGGCGUUAUAUGGCCGUCGAUGCACGACAUGACGGCGAAGUGGAUUCCGCAAUAUGAGAGGAGCAAAUUUGUCAGUGCUUAUCUUGGAAGUUCCGUGGGAGCUGCAAUUACUUAUCCCCUAUGCGCGACCGUCACUAAUUUCUUUGGUUGGGGUGCAUCUUUCCACGUGACAUCUCUGCUAGGUGUAAUUUGGUACUGCUUCUGGCACUUUCUCGUAUACGACUCGCCACAGCAACAUCCGCGAAUCUCCAAUGAUGAAAAAAAUUAUAUCCUCGACAAUAUCGCCGGAUCCGUCGAGGAUAAAGAGGAGACUCGGAUACCUUGGAGGUCGAUAAUUCUAUCGAGACCGAUGUGGAUCACUAUCGCCGCGCAUUGGGGCGCCGCUUGGGGUAUUCUCACGCUCAUGACACAGGCACCAACUUAUUUUAACUUUAUUCACGGAUGGAAUAUCAAUGCCACUGGAAUACUGGCGGGAGCGCCGCACCUCCUGAGGAUGCUUUUCUCGUAUUUUUUCUCGACCAUGUGUGACUGGCUGCUCCGCACAAGACGAAUGAGUUUGACGAAAGUCAGGAAAUUAGCCACUUUCGUCGCCACCGGCAUGCAGGGAAUUUUCCUCGUAGCCCUCGGAUUCAGCGGAUGUCAUCCGUUGUUCGCGGUCAUCUUCAUGAUGAUGGGUACGGCGGUCAACGGUGCCAUGUCCGCCUCCACCUUGGCUAACUUCGUCGACUUGAGUCCUAAUUACGCCAGCAUCCUUCUUGGAUUUGCCGGCAUGAUUAUCAUAUGGGCUGGCUUCAUCUCACCGGCGAUCGUCGGCGCACUGACCAACAACAACCAAACUGUGGGACAAUGGCGUUUGGUCUUCCUCAUUGCUGCUGCCAAUUCGAUAGUGAGUUGUAUCAUAUACAUAUUGUUCGGCACUUCGAAGGAACAACCGUGGAAUCAGUAUGUCAAUUUGAACACGAAGGAACGAGAGAUGCAGGAAUUGACCACGGAAACCGUGAAGCAUGAAAAUGAUGCAGAGGAUACCGAAAAAUCAAAUUUUAUUAAAGAGAGAUACCGUAAUAGGUAAUCCUUAAAAAGUCUUAACGCAAUUGCUCCAAUUUUUCUACAUAUAUAAGGAUAUUAUUGAAUAAAGAAGAUGUUAACGAUUGAUCGUAUAUUUGUUGAUAAUAUUAAUUAAUACACACAUACAACUUAUUCUCAAAACAUUUCAUCACAAGAAAAUAAAGGAAUGAAAGAGUGAUAUUAUGUAAAUAAAUGCGAAACUAUUUGCAAUAUGCUAAAACGCAUGACUUAGAUAUAUUUCAAAUCACUAAACACACGCUCCGUAAACCAAACUCAUGCAUAUUGAAUUUUUGCAUAAUGAUAUAUAACGCAUUAUAUACCGUUUUCGCAUGUGCACAAUGUGUAAAUUGCGAUGCACAAGUUCCAGUAACAGACUUGACGGGUGACGAGUCGAUUAUUUCUAUCGUACAGCCGACAUCACAUCCCUUCAUUUUACAUCAAAGAAUUAUCACAGCUUCUUUUCUGCUGUGAAGCAGAUUAAUUACCGCGCCUUAUCCUACUUCCUGGACACGCACCGUGCGACUAUCAUGAAAUAUUUAUCACUCACGGACCUUUGAAUCAUUGCAUCUCCCAUAAAUAAAAAGUGCGCAGCGAUCUGAAUUGUCGAAACAUACACUUUUUACAAAUCACUGCACAAAAAGACAUAAUAUGUAGAUACUUUGUAAAUAGAUAUUAAAUCCAAUAGCGAUGUCACAUCGAGACUUUUGCAUCUUAUAAUUAUAGUAAAUCUUGUAAAUUAAAUAAAACAAUUUUUCUUUA